AUGGUGGACGAAGAACUGUUUUAUAAGGACAUUAGUGAUCACAGCAUUAGCUCUGAGGAAGAAGACAUGCUUGUGAGGAGUUGUAGCAAUCUCAAUGUCAGCUUUGGAUACCAUUGUGAUUCUUAUACAAGCUUUCCUUCUGAAAAUGAUCAUGAGAAUGGUAUCUCCCCUAGGAACAUAUUUGGGACUGAUACCAUGAUGGGCUCACGAAAUGGCUCAUUUACUUGUUUAUCUGGUGCUGCAAUAAGUGCAAAUUUCACACUGGCAAAUACAAAUAUCUGCAAGGGUCUUAUUGGUGAAGAAAUUUUACCAGGACUAGAUUCUCCAAAUUCCUUUAGAAAAAUUGUUUCUUCUCCAUCAAUGUCAAGAUUGGACUCGUUCUCCAACUCACAAGGCAGCCCCGAGAGCUCUAUUUUUGAAAUCAGUAAAAAUACUUGGAGGUCAAGCGCUCCAACAGCUGUAUCAUCCAAUUUUCUGACUAAUACCGAGGUGAAAAUGGCUGGUGGAGCUGCUGGGGAGGAUAGAGUCCAAGCUGUGUGCUCGGAGAAAAAUGGAUGGCUGAUUUGUGGAAUAUAUGAUGGAUUUAACGGGAGAGAUGCUGCUGAUUUUCUAGCAGUAACUCUAUAUGACAACAUAGUAUAUUACUUAUACUUGUUGGAGAAUCGGAUCAAGCAGCAAAAUGGUCUAUAUAAUUCGUCAGAAAGCUCUCUUAGUGGUGUUAAAAGUGAGCUAACACUAGCCAUGAGAAUGGCAGAAAAUGAAGAUAUAAAGUUUUCUGAAACAUUUCGAGCUGGUGUGCUGAACUGCCUUUCCACUGCUGUUGAGCAAGCUGAGAAUGAUUUUUUAUGCAUGGUUGAACAAGAGAUGGAUGAUAGACCAGACUUAGUUUCAGUAGGAUCUUGUGUUCUGGUUGUGCUUCUUCAUGGAAAAGAUUUGUGCAUCUUGAAUCUGGGUGAUAGUAGAGCUGUGCUUGCUUCCAUGCCAUAUGCAGAAAAGGGCACCUUAAAGGCUACUCAAUUAACGGAGACCCACUCACUUGAAAAUCCAUUGGAGUACCAAAAACUUAUAGCCGAUCAUCCCAAUGAUUCUUCAGCUGUAAGGGGUAACAAAAUAAAAGGAAAGCUGAAGGUUACUCGUGCUUUUGGAGUUGGCUAUCUAAAGCAGAAAAAGUUCAAUGAUGCACUCAUGGGCAUUCUCCGUGUUCGUGAUUUGAGCAGCCCACCUUACGUUUAUACAAAUCCACACACAUUGAGUCACAAAGUUACAGAUGAUGAUUUGUUUGUCGUGCUUGGUAGUGAUGGCUUAUUUGAUUUCUUCAGUAACAAUGAAGUUGUUCAGUUGGUUUAUCAGUUCAUGCAUGAUAAUCCAAUGGGAGAUCCUGCAAAAUAUCUCAUCGAGCAACUUAUACUCAAAGCAGCCAGGGAAGCAGCUUUAACAGCUGAAGAAUUGAUGAGGAUACCUGUUGGGAGUAGGAGGAAAUACCACGAUGAUGUGACUGUCAUUGUUAUCAUCCUUGGAAAUGCACAGAGGACAAUGACGGCAUCAACUUCCUUGUGAGAGAACAAAGAGCUGGACAGAGAAGCUAUCAGCUGGUAAAAUUUUGUGGGUGUUUGCAUACAGCUACUUCGAAUAAUAUGUUUUUAUUAGUCUGGUGUGGUAGUCAAUAAACCAAAAAUAUGUAUAUAUUCUUUUGGAAUUUUGGUUGUGAACAAAAUCUUUUGUUCAAUCAAAAGGUCACAUGGAUUUGUUUCACUUAUUUUGUACAUGACUGAAACAUGGAUGCUCUUCUUUGAGACUUAAUCCAUGAAAGAAACGGCAAACCAUUUCAGUUUUCAUUUGCUAA